AGGACUAAGUAACAGAGCCGAUCUGCAGAAACAGAACUGAGCCUGGAGAUCAUGAGAAUCUGCUUUAGUCUGUUAAGUAAAACAGAGCAUGUGCUACUAAUUACAUGCUCAACAAACACACACAUGUACACAAGUACACACACACACACCGUGCAGUAGCACUGCCCCAUCUGUAAUUGGAAUCAUGCGCGCUGAUGCUAACCCAGCCCACACUGAAGGUUGUGGAAGACCAGCAUUAGCGCAGAGUGCACUAGCAUUGCUGCAUCUGCUGGAACACUGCUGACCUUUGUUCCUGUGAUGACUAUGGGGGUAUAUUGGCCUGCCCUGGUGGUGUGUGUGAUGGUGUGUGCGAUGUGUGUGACGGACAGGACCGUGUCUGGUUCCGAAGAGCACAUUAGUGUGGCCGCUGUGAUUCGCAGGGUCACCGCGGGGGUCCUGGUCCAAGGCCGGCCACUUGGGGACCCGCAGACCACUGGGCCAAGAGUCCUGACCAAAGAUGGGAUCAUUAGAGGACUGACCGCUGACUCCGCUCACAUAUUCUACAAAAUCCCAUUUGCUGACCCGCCUGUGGGGGCAUACCGAUGGAGAUACCCCAGACCGGUCACACCCUGGAGAGGAGAGCGGAGCGCCUCGGCCCCCGGACCGGCCUGCAUGCAGCGCUGCUUUGGACCAAUCACAGACAAGUGUCCGAAAACGGUGAGUGAGGACUGUCUGUAUCUGAAUGUGUUUGUUCCUCUGAGUGUGAACUUUAGCGCCCCCCUGCUGCAGCUGCCAGUAAUGGUGUGGAUUCAUGGUGGAGACUUCAUUGCAGGCUCCGCCUCCAAACCGCUGUAUGACUCUCGGCUCAUCAGCAAUUUCACGCACACCGUGGUGGUUAGCGUGGCCUACAGACUGGGAGCCUUUGGUUUUCUGGUUACAGGGACAAACCCCAGAUCAGAUUCAGUGGGAAAUUAUGGGAUAUUGGACCAGCAGGCUGCUCUGCUUUGGGUCAAGCAGAACAUUGCAGUGUUUGGGGGUGAUCCCAGCAAGGUGACAAUAUUUGGUGAAAGUGCUGGAGCUCAGUCUGUCAGUCUACAUCUGAUGAUCCAGAGCAGCAAACCCCUGUUCAACCGGGCCAUCCUCCAGAGCCUCCCAUUCUCUAUUCCACUGAAAACACGGCGGGAGUCUCUGAAGUUGGGACGGAGUUUUGCUAAGUUGGUGAACUGCUCUCUGCAGGAUCUGCUGUGUCUCCAGGCUCUCAGUGCGCAGACGGUCCUCAGCGCUCAGAUCCAGUGCAGUUCCAAGCUGGUGAACCCAUUCCGGUUCCUGGAAGUGUUUGAGACCUGGGGGCCAUAUUUAGAUGGAGAGCUGAUCCAGGAACAGGCGGUCAGUGCCUUCCAGAGGGGACACUGGCAGACUGACAAACCAGUGCUUCUGGGGACCACCGCUGCGGAGGGGGUGGUGUUUGUGUAUGGGGUUUUCAGAAAGGCAGUGUCGGCGCUGGAGUGUUCUGUUUACACCACUGCCAUUUUCAAACAUCACACACUCCGCAUCCUGCACAAGUACUUCCCCCUGUACCCCCACCCAGACCACCGCCACUUGCUCGCACAGAUGGUGACGGAUUACGUGUUCCUGUGUCCGUCUCGGAGGUCAUCUCGUGCAGCAGCGCAGUCUGGUGGCUCUAUGUGGACGUAUGUGUUUGAUCACGCAGUAAGCGACCACAGCAUCUGGUCCGGUCUUACCUUCUGUUAUGACCAGUCUUGUCAUGGAGCAGAGCUUCCCUUCCUGUUCGGCUCGACUAAAGUGGCUAACUUCACCAUGACCCCUGCAGAGCGGCUGCUAUCCAAUCGUAUGGUGUGUUACUGGGGUUCGUUUGCCCACUCCGGCGCCCCCUCCUCGCGCACCCCGCCUUCAGAGUUCUGCAGGCAACAGCGCCCCCCGGCCUGGCCUGAGUACAGCGCCUCCAGCGGCUGGCUCAUGAUGAACCUGACCGUACGAUCACACGCCCAGGCCGGAUCACGCAACGACAUCUGCGACUUCUGGGACAAACUGGGAAUCUACUGAAUGUUAAACCUAUGGAAGCCCAUUUCCGCCACCUGAAGAAAAAAAACGUCCUCAACUAAGUCAUAAUUAUGAGAUAGAAAAGUCAUAAUUAUGAGAUGACUUUUUAUCUCAUAAAUAUGACUUACUAUCUCAUAAUUAUGACUUUUUUAUUUCAUAAUUAUGACUUACUAUCUCAUAAUUAUGACUUACUAUCUCAUAAUUAUGACUUACUAUCCCAUAAUUAUGACUUUUCUAUCUCAUAAUUAUGACUUACUAUCUCAUAAUUAUGACUUUUUUAUCUCAUAAUUAUGACUUACUAUCUCAUAAUUAUGACUUACUAUCUCAUAAUUAUGACUUACUAUCCCAUAAUUAUGACUUUUCUAUCUCAUAAUUAUGACUUAGUUGAGGGCGUUUUUUUUUUCUUCAGGUGGCGGAAAUGGGCUUCCAUAUAAACCUGCUAAGAACCUGUUAUGAAAUUUCCCCCAGUCAACUAUCUGCGACAAAUUAAUUUAGUAAUUUAUUAAGCUUUUUACCUGACCACAUAGACCAUACAAAACAAUGCACCAAAUAAACACCAAAUCAACACUAAACUAGCACUAAAUAAACACUAUACCAACACCAAAUCAACACUAAACCAACUCAAAUCAACACUAAACUAGCACGAAAUCAACACUAUUCCAACACCAAAUCAACACUAAACCAACUCAAAUCAACACUAAACUAGCACGAAAUCAACACUAUUCCAACACCAAAUCAACACUAAACCAACUCAAAUCAACACUAAACUACCACGAAAUCAACACUAUUCCAACACCAAAUAAACACUAAACCAACACUAUACCAACACCAAAUAAACACUAUACCAACAUCAAAUAAACACUAAAGCAACACAAAAAAACACUAAACCAACUCAAAUCAACACUGAAUCAACACUACACUAACACUAAUCAACACUAAACUAGCACGAAAUCAACACUAUUCCAACACCAAAUCAACACUAAACCAACUCAAAUCAACACUAAACUACCACGAAAUCAACACUAUUCCAACACCAAAUAAACACUAAACCAACACUAUACCAACACCAAAUAAACACUAUACCAACAUCAAAUAAACACUAUACCAACACUAAAUAAACACUAAAGCAACACAAAAAAAACACUAAACCAACUCAAAUCAACACUGAAUCAACACUACACUAACACUAAUCAACACUAAACCAACACAAACCCCACAUCAAUCAACACUAAAUCAACACUAAAGCAAAACCAAACAAUACCACAUCAGCACUUAAUCAACACUAAACAAACAACAUUGAACCAAACACUAACACCAAAUUAACACUAAACUAACCCCAUGCCCUGUUGUCCGUAUUUGCGCAAGUUAUAUAUUUUCACUUUUCACACACACACACACACAAGCAAACAAUCUCACAUACACACACUCUUUCACAUUCACACCCUUUCCUUUACACACUCUCACAUACUCUCUCCUAGACACACACACACACACUCUCACAUACACACACUCUCACAUACUCUCUCUUACACACACACACACAUCCACAAACUCUCUCUCUCUCACACACACACAUCCACAAACUCUCUCUCUCUCACACACACACACACAUCCACAAACUCUCUCUCUCUCUCACACACACACAUCCACAAACUCUCUCUCACACACACACACACAUCCACAAACUCUCUCUCUCUCUCACACACACACACACAUCCACAAACUCUCUCUCUCACACACGCAUACUCAGACACAGUAGGGAAUAGUGGGUCAUUUUUGUGAUUUUUAAUGAAAUGCAGAGAUUUAAUCACAUCACACUCACAGCCCCAAGACACAUGCCCUAUUUUUACUGUCACAUUCUCACACAUUCACACACACACACACCACAUGCACUUACACAGUAAGACUAUUACACUCUGUAGAUGCAACUCCACCACUGUUUCAAUUUUCAGAAUAAAAAUCAACUUAAACUUAACUAUAACUCAUACAGUGACACUCAAUUUGUAAUUGUUUUUCCCCCUAAUACUCAAUUACAAUCAAUUGCACUCAACCAAUACACAACAUAGCAGUAAAAUCUACCAGUAGUAAACCGGUAAAGGAGAACUGAAAGGCAUAAGCGCUCUUCGUAAAACCUUCUUUAUUUUUGCUAAUGCAUAUUGUGUAUGGCAGAGUACUGAUCUAUGGUCCUCCUGAAAUCAGAGGUCUGGGUUUUGCUUCAUGUGGGCUUCUGUGUGGUUCUGCUGCAUGUGUUCAUGUUAACGUCUUGUUACAUCUCAAUGUUUAGUUUGUCACUCCUGGAUGUGGGUUUAGUGAGCUGUGCUUCUGAUCUAAGCUGCUUUGAUUUUGUGUUUUCUUCCUCCCUCACAGUCAGACUGUCCAAUCUCAUUACCCAUAGAGAGGGAGGGGAGGGGUUAGAGAUGGGGAGAGAGAAUGAGGUCGAACCCCUGAAGGAUUCAAAGAUGUGCGUUUGAUUAGUCAGAAUCCAGUUUAAAAGUGUUAUCUGAGCUGAAGGUUCUUCAGGGGGAACUCACUUUGGUUCUGCAGACUUUUAUUUAUUUCUGCAGAGUUUUUAUUACAUAUCUCGCUGAUCUGAAUAUUUAUAAUGAUCUCUUUGACCCCAGAUCUUAAAACUGGUAAUAGAACAGUUUUAUAAAUAAUUUAGUUCAUCAUAAAAAGUCGUGUUCAAAUCAAUGUAACUGUUUUGGCUUAAUUCAAAAGUGUUUUUAAUACAUUAAUCAGAAGAUAUGUACUCAUUUAAAAUAAUGGUAAUAAAUGAACACUAACAUUUCUAUGUAAUUAAAUAUGUCUACAAUCAAGCUUAAGUGUGAAUCACUGAUUUAUUUUUACACCCUAAUAAUAACUUGAUCGCCAAGUCUGCAGGGACCUGUACGGAGAUGAUUGAGAGGUUACU